AUGAAAAGCGAGCCCGCGCAGCCCCGCGCCCCCGCCAGCUCGGAGGCUGUGCCAGCCAGUAUCCCGCGGGCCGCGCUGUCGAUUAUACAUGUUCGACGUUCGCCUCCUUGCCAACCUACUAUACUUCUUAUACAUUCAGAAGUCUCUUAUCGACCAAGGUUGUCAGCGAUGGACAGCAACUCGGUAUCACCGAUGCCGGAGUUGGCGCCGAUUGCGGAAUUUGACAAGUCGCCUCCCUCGCCGCCUAACGAAGAGGUGCCGAUGGAUGAUUUGCCGCCCCCGCCUGCAACAAUAACGCAAUCGGAAGGGAAGAAACUAAAAGUCCAACGUAGCCGUUCUUAUGAUUCCGAAGAACAUGAGCGGGGCGCGUGUGAGUGGUGCGAGUACGCGCUGGUUAUCACGUUGGCCUGCAUCCUUCUUAUCGGUGUCUCCGCGCUUACUAUCUUCUGGAUAUUCUUCUACCGAGAGGGCUACGCCUGGGCCGAUGAAAUCCCCGAGAAGCAGUUCAAUUUACAUCCAACGCUGAUGGUAGCCGGAUUCAUCACCUUUAGCGGCUUUUCGGUUCUUCUGUACCGCAUUUGCCGGUGCUUCAGACGCAUCUACGUGAAGUUGCUGCACGCUAUCUUCCACGCGUUGGCGUUCCCGUGCAUCGUCAUCGGUUUCUUGGCAGUGCUGGAUUACCAUAACAAGAAGGGAAUCAAUAACUUCUACUCGCUUCACAGCUGGAUUGGCUUGGUGGCUAUGGGACUGUUUGGAAUUCAGUAUGCAGUCGGCUUCUUCAGUUUCCUUUUGCUGUUGAUCUGCAAUAAAGGCACUGCUGGCUUCCGCGCUUCUCUCGUGCCAGUUCACGCAGCUUUUGGUAUUUUGACUUUCGUACUCGGAGUGGCGGCCUGCCUAACUGGACUCACUGAAAAGGCAAUCGGUGCCCUUGGGAGCGAUACAUACGAGUCGAUGUCACGAGAAGCCAUAGUGAUCAAUGCCAUUGGGAUGUCGGUGGUGGCUGUCGCUGUCUUGGUGCUCUAUACUGUGCGCGGUACAGGAGGCUACCGUCUGCGGAAAGUCUCCGCUCAACACCCAAGUUAA